CCCUAGUCCAAUCCAAGUCUCCCCUCAGCUCUCUUCUUCUUCUUCUUCUUCGAAUCAUCACAUUCUUGCCGUGACCAAACUGAAACCGCUUCUUGCCGUUUCGCCGUUUCGCCGUUUUCUCAUCACGCUUUUCGUUCCUCGAAGAUCAUCCGAGUUCGUUGGCCCAGCUGCUUUGGACUUCUCGCGUGACUCGCCUGCAGAUCUUCAUCCUUAUGAGUUCCUUUUUCCAUGCAUUUGUAGUCAGAAGCUUGUAAAUAAGAUGGGAAUCCUUUCACGCAGUGCGGUUAGUAGAAAACCGAAUGAGACUAUGAGGCUUAUUGUGACAACUUUUGUAGGAGUAGUUUUUGGAUUCUUGAUAGGUGUAUCCUUUCCAACAUUGUCAUUAACAAAGCUGAAUCUCUCAUCCAGCCUUCUUCCAUCAGUUGAUCUAUCAUACAAUGACAAUGGGAAAUCAAGUGUCUCAGAUUUUUAUUCUUAUGUGAAGAAAAAUAGUAGCUCUUCUCAAUCUCAGAGAGUAAAUGAUACAUCUAAGAUUUGGGUGCCCACAAAUCCUAGAGGUGCAGAAAUGCUACCCCCAGGAAUUGUUGAAGCUGAGUCGGAUUUCUACUUGCGCAGAUUAUGGGGCAAGCCUAGUGAGGACUUAACAACCAAACCUAGGUACCUUGUGACAUUCACUGUGGGUAUCAAUCAGAAAAAGAAUAUUGAUGCAGCUGUGAAAAAGUUUUCAGAGGACUUCACGAUUCUUCUUUUCCAUUACGAUGGGAUAACAACUGAAUGGGAUGACCUGGAGUGGUCUAAGCGGGCUAUACAUGUUAGUGUUCGCAAGCAAACUAAAUGGUGGUAUGCCAAGCGAUUUUUGCAUCCUGACAUUGUGGCCCCUUACGAUUACAUAUUUAUCUGGGAUGAAGACCUCGGAGUUGAGCAUUUUAAUGCUGAAGAAUACAUAAAGCUAGUCAGGAAGCAUGGUUUGGAAAUUUCACAGCCUGGUUUAGAACCUAACAAAGGAUUGACAUGGCAGAUGACAAAGAGAAGAGGUGACCGUGAAGUUCACAAACAAACACAGGAGAAACCAGGCUGGUGCACUGACCCACAUCUGCCACCAUGUGCAGCGUUUGUUGAGAUCAUGGCUCCUGUAUUUUCCCGAAGCGCCUGGCGCUGUGUGUGGCAUAUGAUUCAGAAUGACUUGGUCCAUGGGUGGGGUCUCGACUUUGCCCUUAGAAAAUGUGUAGAGCCUGCCCAUGAGAAGAUAGGAGUUGUAGAUUCUCAGUGGAUUGUUCAUCAAACUGUUCCAUCACUUGGUAAUCAGGGUGAAUCACAAAACGGAAAGGCACCAUGGCAAGGGGUGAGGGAAAGGUGCAGAAAGGAAUGGACAAUGUUUCAGAUGAGGGUCGCAAAUGCAGAAAGUGCGUAUUUUAACGCAAUGGAGACGUAUAACUCGACAAACUCUCACUAGGGAGCACCAAUGAUACGCGACUGUACACAUUCAUGACCUCUGUUGUGCUUAGAACUUUACAUAUAUUAGUAAAAGUCCGUUACAAGUUAUGUCAUUCAUUAAUUGAUUCUAAACACAAACAUGAGGCAAACCCUUUUAGAACUUCAGUAGAUAGAAAGAUCUGCUAUGAUCGAGUGUAAAAUGUUUUACUAUAAUCAUUAUCACUACUGUAUUGAGCUGCUAUGGCUUGUUAAGCAUAACAAAGAAGACCGAGCAAUCUAGUAUUGAGAGAAGGUGUUUUCGCCAUUUUCCGGAAAAACAUGAGUUUUCUUCGGGCUUCA